AUGGAUCUCCUGGCUUUGGAUUACAAUGCAGAUGACGCAAAUUCCCAUCAUAUAAAAGUGGAUGCAAAAAGGGCACCACUGGAUUCAGAUGCCGAUAAUGGAGGCCGGCAGUCUCCAAUGGAUGUGGAUUUGAAAGCAAUACCACCAUCCAUGGACUCCUGUGUGCAGCAAUCCCCAAUCGACAUAAACGUUGCAAGCCUGGAGAAGUUCUGCAAAGAAGCAGCAAGAUCAUUCUUCAGCGACACCGGACUAAUCAGCCAGCACCAGAUAAACUCCUACAAUGACUUCGGGGAGUAUGAUUAUGAUCCUUCAAAGGGAGUAUCUGGUGCCUGGAGGCAUGCGACCGUGAAGUUUGUUAGGGUGAAGCUUGAGGAGCCUGUGUUUUGGGUCGACAACUAUGAUCUCGAUGAGCAGACACUCAGGCUCAAGCCUGCACAUGCUCGCCUCAAGAAGAUGACAUAUUCUUCUAAGAUGAUUGUAGAAAUGACUCUUCAGGUUUAUUCACUGAAGCAAAGCGAUAAAUCUGAAAUCGGAAAGGGUCGAUAUGUGCAGAAGAAAGAUAUAUUGAGUGAAACUAAAUGGGUCACCAUUGGUAUGUUGCCUGUCACGGUGAAGUCAAAUCUUUGCCGGCUGUAUAAACUCCAGGAAACUGACUGCCAUUUUGAUUCUGGUGGAUACUUUCUAAUCAGAGGAAUGGAGAAGCUAAAUUGAUCCUGGCCCCCUGGAAGAGGGGAGGAAGAAGGUCCAUGGCCCCUACUGUCGCUUCUGCAAGUCCGCGGAGAACAUACUCCGAAUCGUGCCUUACGGUGCAACCCUCCCGUACAAG